ACACACAGUCCCAACACUCUGCUUCUUUCACCAUUACUCUCCUGACUUUUUUUCUCACUUUGUCAUAUCCAUUGGACUCACUCACAAGACUCAACACUACACUACUACCUCCUUUUUCUUUUCUUUUUCUCUUUACCCAUCUCUUUACUCUUCCAUCAAAAUGCUUAGAUUCAAACUCAAAAUUUCUUGCUUCUAAUUUAAUCUUCACUUACAAUGCUGAUAAAAUCACUCCUUCUAAUUCCACUUCUUUUCUUCUUCACAUCAUAUGUAGAUGGCUCACACUCACUCUCUCACUCACACUCACACUCACCCAGUAGUAGUAAGGAUGCUAGUGCUCUGUUAGAUUUUGCUAAAAAAGCUGAUAUAAACAACAAUCUAUGGUUUAACACAUCUUAUUCUCAUUGCAAGUGGCAAGGUGUUGAGUGUCUAAAUCACAAAGUAGUUCGUUUAGUGAUUGAAAGCUAUAAUCUUGUAGGUGGUAUUAUUACGCCUAACUCGUUAACUCGGUUAGACCAACUCAGAGUUUUGAGUCUUCGUAAUAACUCGUUAAGUGGGCCCAUCCCAGACCUUACUGGUCUAUUCAACCUCAAAGCUCUUUUUCUUCACCACAAUGAUUUCUCUGGCUUGUUUCCACCGUCGAUCAUAACUCUCCAUCGCAUCAGAACCGUUGAUUUUUCUUACAAUAAUCUCACUGGCGAGUUACCCACCUGGUUGACUCAGCUGGACCGGCUUUACAGUCUCCGGCUUGAGUUUAAUCGCUUCUCUGGAACCAUCCCACCUCUAAAUCAGUCAACUCUGUCAGUGUUCAAUGUUUCAAGGAACAAUCUUAAUGGUCCUAUUCCUGUUACACGAGCAUUAUCUCAGUUUAGUCUGUCUUGUUAUUCGCAAAACCCGGGUUUAUGUGGAGCCAUUCUACAUAAAGAAUGUAAUAAGACACAUUUCUUUGGAUUCAGCUUCGGCCCUGCCCCUGCUGCGGAGCCAGAGCCUUCAUGGGCAGGGGCGGGGCAGCAGAAUGCGCAAUUGCGCGGAGUAGAGCUGAGUAAGCCAAGUGGAAAGAGUCACACUGGUAAAGCUAUUAUCUGGGGGUUUAGUAUAGGAUUAAUGGUUCUUAUUGCUUCCAUUACUUGUUUUGCUUUAGCUGUGAGGAAUCAGAGGAGAGACAAUCACAGGGAAGGCACAAUGGCUUUGGAUUAUUCGGCCACAGCGAAUGCAGCUGCAGUGAUGAGAACAGAAGAGGAGAGGGAAGAGAAAGUGAAGAGCGCGCAGCAAGAAGCAGCAGCAGCAGUAGCAGUAGCAGUAGGAGGAAAGAGUGGGAGCUUGGCAUUCUGUGCGGGAGAGACGGAACUUUAUACAUUAGAACAGUUGAUGAGAGCUACAGCUGAACUGUUGGGAAGAGGGACUAUUGGUACUACUUAUAAAGCUGUGUUAGAUAAUCGUUUGAUUGUGUGUGUGAAAAGGUUGGAUGCUACUAAGAUUGGAAGUGCAGGGAAUGAGUUGUUUGAGCGUCAUAUGGAAUCAGUUGGUGCACUUAGACAUCCUAAUUUGGUACCAUUGAGGUGUUAUUUUCAGGCAAAAGAUGAGAGACUUUUGGUCUAUGAUUAUCAGCCUAAUGGCAGCUUGUUUUCUCUCAUACAUGGUUCUAAGUCAGCAAGAGCAAAGCCUCUACAUUGGACUUCAUGCUUGAAAAUAGCAGAGGACGUGGCACAAGGCCUUUCAUAUAUUCAUCAAGCAUGGAGACUAGUCCAUGGCAACCUCAAAUCCUCUAAUGUUCUCCUCGGCUCUGAUUUUGAGGCCUGUAUAACGGAUUAUUGCUUAAGUGUCUUAACUGAGUCGUCAUUAACGGAAGAUGAUCCUAGUUUGUGGGCAUAUAAAGCACCAGAAAUCCGUAAGGCAGAUUCAGAAGCAACAUCUAAAUCUGACGUAUAUGCUUUCGGAGUGUUGCUACUUGAGCUCUUGACAGGAAAACCACCAUCUCAGCAUCCGUAUCUGACUCCAAACGACAUAGUACACUGGGUAAGAUCUGCAAGGGAUGUUGCGGAUGGCGGUAGUGAUGAAAAUAGGCUUGUGAUGCUUCUUGAGGUGGCUAUAGCUUGUAGUGUGGCGUCCCCGGAGCAAAGGCCUAACAUGUGGCAAGUUUUGAAAAUGUUACAGGAAAUCAAGGAGGCAGCAUUGAUGGACGAAGAUACUGAAUUGCACCCUGGUGAAGGAAUAUCCUAGGCUAAUUGAUUGCAUAUAUUAUUUUCUACUAAUCAAGUUAUGCAACACGGAUUAAAUUUGAUGGGGAUAUCUUACUCUACCUUUUGUUCAUACUUAUAUUAAUUCUCCAUAAUUUUUGUGUUUUUCUUUC